AUGGAAUCCCCAACCCAAGAUAUAGAGUAUCUCACAAUGCGUUUAUGCAAAAUGUUAAUUAUUUUGUUUGUUUUGUGUACAAUUAAUUACUCGAUAUGUUUGCCUUAUUUGAAUGAAAUCGGAAAUAGUUGGUAUCAUUUCAAAUAUUCUGCCUUUGAUUCUGAAAGAGAAGAAUCAGGAGAAUUUGUUCAAAAAGAAUCUGGACAAGUUUGGGUUGUUAGAGGCUAUUAUUUCUAUAAAAUCGGAAAUGUAGCUUACAAUGUUAGCUAUAUAGCUGACGAUAAUGGAUAUAGAGCUACACAAACCCGAAUUCCUUUGUCUACAAAAACUUCACUAGUACUUUCAGAUGUAGACGAUUUAUCUGCAGAUAUUGCUAAUAGAAUCGGUAGCAAUGUGUUAGCUUCUUUAGCUGGUGGAGGACUGGGAUGAUUCAAAUAAAAUGCCUUGAAUUACCAACUAUUUUUGUUUUAUUUAAGUAUAUAAUAAAUGCAUAAUAUUUAUUCAAUAAAAUCGUAUUCCUCUUCGAAUUCGAACUGAUCGAAUUCGAUUUUCUCGUCUGCAGGAUUCAUGGUGCUUCCCUCAGGACAGCUGAAAGAUUUUGCGAAAUUUUGGGAAUUUGUUAGCAUGGCAUCGAGGCGGAAUUUUGGCGGUAGAUUUUUGGUUUCUUCUAUGAUUUGUGGUUGGGGCAAAGAAGAUUCGCAAAUAUCU